AUGGAACAUGGUGAGUUCGAGGUAGGAGGUAUGCGGGCUCCGAAGGUACCCGCUACCUUGCUACUGUUGCUAUUUGCAAUAGAAGCACUUGAUGCUAACAGAAGAAAAACAAAGGAAAAAAUACUACCAGCGACCAUAAAUAUAUGUGACAUCAGCGAUCGAGACUCAAAAGUACAUUGCUACUGCGAGUUCAGUCAAGAGAUCAACGAAGCAGUGAAAACAGAAUGCUGGGUCUUCAAUGGAGGGAUAGAGAGAACGGACCCACUAUGGGCAAGCUUCACAUCCCAAUCCAAUAUAGAAACCCUAGCCUUCAAUGUAAGAGCAGAUGGAGGACUAGACUUUGUACCAUCAAAAGUCCUAAGAUACUUGAGAAAGGUUAAACACUUCAGUAUCAAGUACAGCUCGAUACACAAGAUAGAGAGCUACACAUUCGUCAACGUAACAUCUGUACAAGAAAUGACUUUAACUAAGAAUCAAAUAGUCUAUCUUGGCAAACAUUCGUUUUAUAAUUUGCCAAAUUUAACGAUACUUACUUUAGAUGAGAACAGAAUAGUCGAACUAGAAUCUGAAGUGUUCUACGAGCUACCGGCACUUCAGAAAUUAUAUCUUACUAGUAAUAACAUUACCGUCAUUCACGACGGAGCGUUCAAACAUCUAGUUAACUUAAUUGACUUAGAACUCGAUAGAAAUAAUAUAAGCGAUCUCAAGAAGGAGUGCUUUUAUGGACUUGCAAAUCUAAAGCGAUUAGAUUUAAGAAGAAACAAAUUAUCCAAACUAAAUUCAUUUACAUUUACCGAAUUGUGGAAUCUCCAGACAUUGUUGCUAGAUUAUAAUGAAAUUUAUAUUUUGGCCCAGAGGACGUUUGAUGGAUUAUCACAAUUAAGGAAGUUGAGUUUAAGUCAUAACAAACUUGUAACUUUGGCCAGCAGCCUAUUUGAAGGGGUCAGGGGACUGGCCGCUUUAGACCUAAGACAUAACAAAUUAAAGAGGUUCACAUCCGAGAACCUCCACCCAAUCUACGACAACAUGAAGAAUCCAAAUAGCUACAUUUACUUGGAAGGCAACGAAUUCCCGUGCGACUGUCAUCUCGCAUGGAUGCAUAAGCUUCGUCACGAGGCCAAAAGCGUCAAAGUACGAACAUCUCUCGAAAAUUUCAUUUGCAAAUUCAACGUGGAGCCUUCGUUAAAUUCACACUUUACUUAUUUCGAAAGGAGCGUUAUCGGAUCAAACAAUUUGUACGAUAGCGAUGACAAAAGUCAAAUAAAAGAUUAUUCGGAUAAUCCGGAUGAUUUUUUUCAAGACGAAACAGACGACGCUUACGUUGAUGAACCAAAAGCUGUUAAGGGUGAAAAUGAGAGGACAUUACUUCAGAUCCCAGUGGAAACGUUGCCAUGCCCGCAGGACGUUAAAAGUGUGACCGACAGGACGUACACCUACCCGUCACAAAAUGAGGCGAAAGAUUACAGAAACUUAAUCCAAUCUUCUAAAACGACAUCGAUCGGCUCAAACGUUCCCGUCUUUCUGUCAGCUUUUAUGGUAUUAAUAUGGACCACGCAACUGUAA